AUGUUGACAGAGGAAAUGAUUCUUGAUAAGACUAAUGUCCACAGACUUGAAGAGGUCCGCCGUCUCAAUCUGUGGGGGAAGGGUCUGACUGACGUUUCUAUUGUCUCAAAACUCAAGAAUGUCGAGGUUCUGGCGCUGGCGGCAAAUCAGAUUAGCUCUUUGCAACCCUUUGCGUCGUGCACCACCCUCCAAGAGCUUUAUCUGCGUAAGAAUGCUGUUGAGGAUCUUCGAGAGAUUCCUUUUUUGAGGAACCUAGCGAAGCUGCAUACACUAUGGCUUAUGGAUAACCCGUGCGCGAGGCAUCCAAGGUAUCGCGAGUUCGUUCUGCACUGCUGCUCGGCACUGAAGAAGCUGGAUAGUCUGGAGGUUUCGCCUGACGAGCGUGCUGCGGCUGAGAAGUCGAUGUCGCCAAAAGUAGUGGGUGAUAUUAUGGGCUACGACAUCGGACUCUCGGCUAUGGUACUGCCCCCCGAAAGGCUUGCGGCUUCAGCGGCAGGCCCCAAAUCACCCCACUCGUCAACCUUUCAAGGGGAGUCAAAAAAGCUGAGCGUAACCAGAGAGCAUCGUGCCAAUGGGGACAUGAUGAACCAUACCAGCCAAGGAGCUCAGCACGCUAUGCUGACUGCCAUUGUGGCAUUGCUUCCUGAGCUGACGUUGAACUCGCUGGAAAUGCUUGAGCAGGAGGUUCAUGAUCAUAUCGAAAUGCACAAGGCAAGGCUCAAGGAGCUGCCAUCCAAUUCCCAUUGA